CAAUGUGUCUCAAAACACAACACAAAGAGCCAUCUCCACUAGACCUACACUCGGCAACUCUAACCACAGAAAAGCCGCCACGCAAACAACUUUCUCGUUUAUUGUAUUUGUCAAACAAAGUCUCGCCUCGCCACAGUCACACAAACGAUCAAGGUUCGGCGUCCGUUGAUCACGAAACACUACCCCCGCCGUCUUUGUCACACGCACAUUCCGAAAGAACAUCACAUACAUAAAGCAGCAGGCACGGGAAGAAUCUCUUGCCUAACAUCCACAGAUUCGCAGCUCAUACAACUCAACCUCAACUUCAUCACCAUCAAUCAUGUCAAUGUUUGGCAGCCUCAGGGGCAAGUUCUCCCGCAGCAAGAGUCCAGCAUCUUCCAAGGCUACAGAGAGACCCUCUCGGAUCGACUCUAGAAAUGUCAACACCGACAGCGCUUCCUGGAACCUCAACAACCCCUUCCUAGACCCAUCGUCCGCAACUCGUAAGUCUGACCUCGCAGCUUCUGCUUCGGUUCUUGACUUACCAACACUCAAACUUCCAGCCAAUGAAGCCCCUCCCGCAUAUUCUGCCGGUCCUAGCCCCUCAGCCUCAGCUAGCCACCUCUCCGUUGGCCGCCGCGGAGCCUCACCUUCGCCAAGUCUCGCCAGCAUCACGUCCGCCGAGGACAAGUACGCCUUCCUCUCUACCUUUGAUACCGUCUUCGUCAUCGAUGACUCGGGCUCCAUGGCUGGCCGCUCGUGGCGCGAGGUCCGCGAUGCCCUCAAAGCCAUCGCCCCGAUCUGCACUUCGCACGAUCCCGACGGCAUCGACAUCUACUUCUUGAACCACAAGUCUGGUGCCGCCGGCUCCGCCUACACGGCUCCCAAUGGCUACACAAACAUCCGCGAUCCGGCCCAAGUCCAACGUCUCUUCGAGUCUGUCAGGCCUAGCGGUGCCACGCCCACCGGCAACCGUCUACAGAGCAUCCUCAAGCCCUAUCUCGCCAGCAUCGCCCGUCGCCCGGACAGCAUGGAUACGGUCAAACCAGUCAACAUCAUCGUUAUCACCGAUGGCUGCCCGACUGAUGACCCUGAGAGCAUCAUUGUCCACCAUGCCCGCAAGCUAGACCAGCUCGAGGCGCCUCCUCACCAGGUCGGCAUCCAAUUCUUCCAGGUUGGCACCGAGUUUGGAGCUAGCGCCGCCCUGAAGGAACUCGAUGAUGACCUCGCCGAUCUUGGCAUCCGCGAUAUGGUUGACACCGUCACCUGGAGUUCUACGGCCUCUGAUAGGAGCAAGUCCUUGUCAGCUGACGGCAUCCUCAAGGUUGUCCUAGGCGCUGUGGUGCGCCGCCUCGACCGCAAGACGGUAAGCCGCUCGGCAUCUCGCAGCCAUUCCCGCAACUAAACCACAUGAGGCGGCAUGUAUUAUCCUACUUUUGUUCCUUAUUUUCUUUGUAUUACUAUGAGGGGCUUGUAAUGGUGGAUUGGCGUUCACGGACUCAAUUGCUCAAGGCUCUUGGCACUGCGCAAUUAGCACUUCUCAAGGGACUUGGACUCAGUUACAGUAGACACUCCCUCACGGGACUUCCUUCACAGGAAACGGGAAACCGACCUCGCGAGUUAAACAGAAUCGCGAAGAAGAUAGAUACUUCAUUUGAAAACCAUUAAACAA